AUGGCGAGUAAGGCGGGAGAUGUCGGUAAGGAAGGAAGCAGAGAUCUUAGGCAAAGAAAGUUAGUGACAGAGGAUAAAUCCAACGGUAAGAGAGUAUCUUUUAGGUUAGAGGAGACGGAAAAUGUGAGUAAGGUUGCAUGGCAAAAAGAAAUAGAGAAGUUAAAGAAGUAUUGGCAAAAUGAGGUAAAAGAACUAAAGCAGAUGAUAGCAGAUCUAAAGACGGAAGUAAAAUUAGUAAGGAGCAGAGAGGAAAAAAGGGACGACAAACUGGAUCAGGUAGCGAAGAGCGUAGAAAGUAUGGAAAAAUGGAAAGAGGAGGUUAGAAAUGCAGGAGACGUUGAGAUGUACAAUAAGGAAGAUAGUGAUAGUGGGGGAGGGAGUAGAGCAUCAGUUAGAAGCUUCGGGAGUAGCGUUAGGAGUAUCAGAUCAUGUGGAAGCGAGGGUUUUAGUGACAGAGAGGUGAAUAAGUUAAAGAGAUGGAUGUCUGUUAGAGAAAGAGAGGAGAGAAGCAAUAACAUAGUCAUUAGGGGAUUAGGGGAAGGAAUAGAGGAAUUUGGAAAAGCGGAAGAUAAGAAAGCAUGGACCGAGAAUUUUAUAGGAAAGAAAUUAGAUGUCAAUUGUAAAGUGGUAAUGUGUAGGUUAAGUGGAUCAGUAGUAAUUGCUAAAAUAGAUGGAGAAGAGAAAAAGAAGGAAAUUAUGAUUAAAAAAAGCAAGUUAAAGGGUGGGAAAAUAUUCAUAGAAAACGAUUUAACAUGGGAGGAGAGGAAGGUGCAAGAAAAGAUUCAUAAAUGGUGUAGAGAACAAAGAGAGAAGGGAUUUGAAAUAAAAAUAGGAACAGGAAGAGUAAAAAUAGGGGAUAGUUGGAAAAGCUGGGAAGAAAUAGAGGAAAAUACGAGGAAAGAGGGAGAUAAGGGGGGAAUGAAUGAGGAAAAUAGGGAGAAGAGAAGGGAUAGGGAGAGGGAUAAAAGUCAGGAUUUCAAUUAA